AUGUCACUCGCCUCUGCUGUCAAUGAAAUGCAGCAGGAUCUGCAGCUGCAAACUCUAGCUCGAUCUUUCGAAGCUCUCCUGCUUACCAUUCAACACCUAGGCUGCAAGGAAAGAGAUCUGCAUCGGAGGCUGAAAUAUGCACAUGAUGAGUACCUCAAGUUAGCAGAUCAACUUCCUAAUGAAACCAAUACACACACCAAGAUUGUCGCGGAGAAGAUACUUGGUCGACAUCCCGAAUACGAAGCCCUUCAUAACCAAUCCCUAAAUCCCCUGGAUGUAAUCAAGGCACUUUCAGACUCUGGAAACGUAGGAAGCGAGGCACUUACUGCCAUAAAGGAAGGACUGGAAUGCUGCAGAUCAAUAAACCGCCCCGACAAUGAUAAGCAGCUUCCCGAGCUCAGUUCAUGUUAUGUUGCGACCAGAGCUGGCGUACCAGGCAACCUAGAAAAAGACUUCACCACCAAGGGCACGCAGGGAAGUUUGCGUUGUCCCUUUUCGAAGCCUAACAAUAAGCCCUCUGAAAAUGGGGAGUCCAACGGGAUUGAGGAUGCCUUUGCUGCCCAGAACGGUGAUACGUGCGGGCACGAGGACCUCGAUCCCAUUAAAGCUGAACAGAAUGAUAGACGCUCUAGUUUAACGACAUCCGCAAAGUCGAGUUCAACCAGGUGCCCUGUUUCUAGGUGUCCAAUCCGAUUCAUGGACAAGCAUAGUCCUGAGGAAAUUGCCGACUAUGUCGAGAGACACAAACACGAGAUCCCGCGCAGCCAUGCAAUAUGCGUUCAACGUUACCAGAAAGAUUCUCAAACGAUGCGGCAACUUGACGCAAAGUAUGGUAAUCUUAUCAAUAUGAUCCAAGGCUUGUCAGUCAAACAUCAAGCGUUCCUGCCAGGCCAUAGCCAGGACGGCACGGCAGCAUCCAGUUCAUCUGCUGAACGGGUUGAAAAAUGGGCAGAAGAUGUUGGGAUGAAAUCGCCUGAGCAAGAAUCACCAAACUCUGCCCAUGAACAAGAAGCAACAGGCGCCGACGAUGAUGAGAGAAAAGGACACUUUGACCGUCCUUUGCGCGAGGUGCGUGUUGGUGAGUCCCCAAGCAGGCCUUGGGGAAUACCGGUUCCAGUUUCCCAACCUUCUUUCACAUCUGCCAUACACUCGCCGCCUACUCCGCCCUCAGACUCUGCCAAACAGGCAUUGAAAGAACCAUCUGACCUUCCUGCACCUGCGGACCCUGCCAAAAUUUCGUCUUCUGGCAUGAGAACUGGCCGUUGUCCUUUCGGUCAUGAUGCUCCCAAAGCGAACGACCCAAGGCACGAUCUGGAAAUUGAAACCGCCCAUAACGAAGCAAGCAAGAGCGAAGCGCCAGACACACCUCGGCCCCCUCACGAAGACAGUGCGGAGGGUUAUUUCCAUACUGGCCAAACCAACCCAACCUCGUCCGCAAAAGUGGUCUUCAAUGGACCGGUUUUCUUCGGGUUCUCACCGGAGCAAACAGCAUCGUUUCUGCACAAAUUGGGCAAUACAGUGCCAGGCAAGCCAUUAUAA